GGACAUCUUGGUGAUCAAGAUUUUUAUACCCUUAUUGGAAUGGAACAUCCUAUAAUGAUACAUCUUUUAGGCUGUGAAUGGAAUAGGCAGCUAUGUACAUGGUGGAAGAACCAUGGCUAUCAGGAUAUUUUUGAUGAUUUCUUUCGCUGUGAGAAGCAAAUAAAGAUAUUUCAUGGCAACUGUAAUACAGCAAUACCAAAUUGAAGAAAUUGGAAGGAAAUAUCUAUUUCAAAAAGUUCCCAGUGCAUGAAGCAAGAUGUAUUGAUGCAUGAUGUGAGUAAUUCAAAGUAUUUGUGUUAUGUACUGAGCAUUAACAUGCCUAAAGCAAAAGGUUCACUUUAUCAGGAAUCUCUAUCUAGAAUCUCAAAUGGGUUUGCUUGUUUAAUUUUUGGCAGAAAGAGUAUGUUCUAAUGGCUUGAUAGCUUUCCUUUUAAAAAUCUGUUAAAGUAACUUCUCAUUUUCUGUUUUUCAAUUUUGCUUAAUAUAAUCUGACAGCUAUGCCAUGAAGGGUCUAAGAUGUUUAUAGAAUUUUGUUGAAAAGAGAAGAAAAGGAAAGUUAAAAUUGUAUGAUACUGGGGCUUGAAUAGUCAACAUGAAUGCUGAAGUGUAAGUUUUAACAUUAAGAUCUUUGAAGGAUGUUGCUGGCACAAUAUUGUGAGUGAACUAAAACCAUUAAUGUUCUUUAUUUAUGUUUUCGUAAAGUAUCUUCACUCUAGCCGUAUACCAGUGCUCAGAUGUUCUGUUGUGAUGUGUUUUAAGUUCAAAUCAGAAUAUUUCGUGGUUUACAUGUUCAUUUCUCAUGCAGAAUAGAAUAAGCCACUGUGUUAGCAUUUAAAUGUAUUUCUUGUAAAGCACUUUUGUGUUCGUAAUAAGCCAUUUUGGGUGCUGUGAAUAAUGUUAAGGUUUGUUAUAAAAAAAAAUGGACAAAUGCGGUUUAUUUACAAAUUAUUUACAUUUACAACACAUGAAAUUUUAAGUUGCAAGUGAUCUCUGAUGCUUUUCUGAAUGUUUUUAAAGUUUUAACUGCUCAUUGACAAUCUUCACAAUCUGCAAACAAGGAGAGAAAUCAUGUUCUCUUUCAAAUUGCAUUUCUAUCACAAUCUCAGAAAAUGUUAAAAAAUUAAAAAGUUUAUUGUAAAAUUUAAUCUUGAUUGAUGUUAACGAUAAUUGUCAAAAUCCAUCAAAAUUAUUUUUUAAUUUAUUAUUUUUUCACUUUCUUUAUUAAAUUAAAAAAAUCAACUUCCUAUUGUGGCUAAAAUAUACUGUUUUAUUUUUUCAUUUUAGUGUUACGAGUACUAUAUUUUGGUUCCUGUGUUUCACCAAGUUGUUUCAUUGUCAAUGUCCCUCAAAGCUUCUAGAUACUUAGUUACAUAUGAAGAGAAGUUAUUACAUUGAGAAUCCUUCAUUUAUCUUCUUAUUUUUUGCUGUCUUUGUUCUUAUGUGUGUAAGUGCACAUCAAAUAACAUCUGAAAAUUCAAGAAAUACAUAUUUUUGCAUGAAUAUAAUUUUUUUUCUCUUUUGAGAAACCUCAUUUCGGAAAUUUUGAAUAGGAGUUUCAUCACAAAUUGCAUAAUAAAAUAAUUCUAGGAAAUAGUGUGACGUUACUGAUGUUUUCUGCAUUGGAAGAGGUAGUUUCAUUGUAAUGUGUAUUGAUUGUAGCAAAAUCCUUUACGGUCAUUUUAUAACUGUAUCAGUGUGCAUGUAGCUGGGCUCUAGGUAGAUGAGCAGCCAGGUAUAUCUGAUAGUAAUUUUCAUAAUCAUCUUCUUCUUCUUCUUCUUCUUCUUCUUCUUCUUGCAAUCAUAUUAAAAUAUUAUUUUGUACAAAUGUGUUGGUAUCACAGAAUUUUUUAAAUACAAUACAUCACAAUGACUAAAUAAUGAAAAAAAUUAAAAAAAAAAAAAAAAAAGAGAUAAAGUAACAGUUCCGAAGAUGAAAGUUCCAUACAAAUGUUUAAUGCAGUAGAGAUAUAUUAUGUAGUGAAAAGGGUAUAUGAAAAGUGUCAGAGAACAUAUCUUUUUAGUUGUUUUCAAUAAUUCUUUGUUUUAUCCCUGAGCCAGUGUGAGAUUUUGUGAAUUAUUUUCUAUUAAUUUAUUGAAGGAAACUCGGUAACUAAUUUUUUUAAAUUAAACUUUAUUUUAUGCAACUGAAGGUGUAGUUCUAAAUUUUUGAAAUUUUAAUGAAUACUGUAUGUCUAUCACAUUCCAACAAUCAUAUGCUUCUCAUGCUACCUUUUUAGUAUGAUGUACAAAUAUCUAUUUUCUAUAUGGAAAUAUUCCUAAGCUAACUACUUUUCCUCAGACUAUAUUUUUCAUUUACACAAAAGAUGGUAUUUAUGUAAUUGAUAGUGGGAAAGAAAUGUCACUUUAAACUAAUGUUUAGUAAACAUUUUAAAUAUAUGAAGUUACAAUUUGUCAAAUAUGCUUAGAAUAUGUCUGCUUGAAAAUCACUGUGGGUAAUAAUGAAUGAUGAUGUUUUGGCUAGAUUCUCAAAAGGAACAACAUGUGCUUUUGAAAUUUCUAUUAAAUCAACUAGUUGCAAAGCAAAUAAGUGGAUUUUUCUGGGAAUUUUUGAAGCAUGAGUAGUCUUUAUUUUACUAAUGAAAAAUUUACUUCAUAUCAAAUAUUUCUUAAUGUGAAAAAGGUUUUUUAAUUCAGUAUCAUUAUCAUAUGAUAUUAACAUAUAGAACAUGCAAGUGCAUGUCGUAAGUUAUCAAUGAAAUCAGUAAAAUGUGAAUGAUAAUCCAUGGUAUUUCACAUGUGAAAUCACAUGAAAUCAGGAAAAUCUGAUAUGAACCUUGCUGGUAUAUCACUUGUGGUUCAUUCGGAAAAUUCUUGAAUAUUAUUGGUUCUUAUUUUAUGAGCCUAGUCACUUCAAAAUUACUUAAAUAACAGCAUUUCGCCAUAAGGCAAGAAAAUGGAAUUGUGUUGACUUUUUUUUUUAUUUUUUAAGUAGUGAUAUCUUGCCAAACUCAUUGCCAAAUUAUGGAAGUUAGAAUCAAUAAAAAGCUUUAGGGAAAAUGCUUAACAACAAUUUUAUAUGCAUUUUCCUGAAGGAUUCACAUGUUUAUACUUUUUCUUGUAUUUUCUUCUUAGAAUUCUGAAUCUAAUAUUUUUUUAAACCGCAAAUGAUAUGUAAAUGAGAAAAUGGGGUAAUAAUGUGCCAAUUUAAAAUACUGUUUUUAUUUUUACAAACAUUUAAUAUCACUUUUAAGAGAAGAAAUAGUAUUAUUGUUAUUAUUUUAGAAUCAUAGUUUAUAUAAUUCCCUUGUGGUCAGAUUAAGUGCAAUAUAUUUCAUAUUCUUGAUUGCCAUUCCACAAGUGAAUAAAUUUUAUUAUAUGAAAGGAGAUCACUAAAAUAUUUGUAACAUACUGUAUUUUGUAUGAUGCAAUUUUUCUUCACCUUUAUGACAGUAAAUUUUUAUUUUUGUUUGAAUCUGAAUGUUGUACAUUCUUGAUAUGAUUGGUAUUUUAGCUGCUGAUGCCAUGUAGAUGCUAGACUUAAUAAAACAUGUAGAAUUUUUGUUCUGAUUUUAUUCCAUACCUCCUUAAUAUUGUUUUUGUAGCAGUUAUCAAGACUGGAAUACAUGAGCAGCAUCUAUUCAUAGUUUUCCUUGAAAC